AUGCAGGACGAUCGAAAAGAUAGCAACUUCGUUGUCCUUCAGCCUAAGAUCGCCCAUCAUCAUGUAGAUGUUGAUGUGACUUUCAACAACAAUAACGAUGCAAAAAUCUAUUUAAACCAAGAUAUGUUCAUACUAUCUUUGAACUAUGAAUCAGUGACAGCAAAGAAUCUCAUAAUUGGUGAUCAAAUCAUCAAAGUCAACAACGAAACAGUGAAUCAGAAGACGUUCUUGAAGAAAUUGAAAGUUGGAGAGAAUGUCUUUCAAGUUCUUCGGCGUCUCAACACAUCUCCCAUCACACAAGAUCGUCUUUCUAAGAUUAGAGCACAGCGGAUGAACGGUUUCACAUACUUCAUCAUCACGUGUGAAAACUCUGAACGGACAACACCUGAACCAUUUGGAUUGAGUGUCAAACAGAUCAAAAACAAAGCUCACGUCAUUCGUGUCGACGACAACACUAUUGCUUCGAAAUACUUUUGUCCUGGCGAUUGUUUGUUGGAUGUCGAUGGCCACUCUAUACCUUACGAACCACAAGAUUUGGAAUUCCAUUAUAGUGAACUCUACUUCAGAGUUGGCAAAUUCACAGUUGUCGUGGAAAGAGCUGUUGCGCCUGAAACAUUGAUUGUUUACAAUAUUCUUUUCAACUUACUGCUUCCCUUCGAACACGACGUACCCAUGGGAGAAGAUGCAACGGUGAUAGGACGGGUAAGCGUUCGCUUACGUUAUCGUUAUCUUGGACGAAUUAGGAAGCAGCGACUAUGCAUAGAAGAGUUUUCAAAAAAAUAA